UCCAGGUUGUUCAAAAUGGUGCUUUUCUCAGUUAAACCUGGUGUUGACUCAAAGGCCGAGCCACGGGAGGUCGUACUCUUUUACUUUAUUUUCUAAUACGCAAAGAGGAUGCCUCUGCCCUCUGAGAUGCUGCCUGUAGAGUGGGCACCAUUUCAGCAAAGAGGGUAGGAGGCAGGUAACGCCAGCGCCUUGCUGCUCUGGGUUGUCUUUUCUGGGGCCACGGAUGUCUCCCCAGUUUCAGGCCAGGUCAUUCGUGUUUGAGUUGGAGCACCACUGGCUGCAGGUACAUCUCUCUUCAUCAAGGUUUCCCAGCGCCCCGGGCCACCCAGAUGAUGUGGGAUGGAUGCGCCAGAACUCGCCUGUCCUACCUCGCCUGCCAGGGACCAGCCGGCACCUGCUUCUGGCCCCCCAGGGGCCCCGGGUGGGCAGGCAUCGCCUCACUUGACCCUGGGCCCCGUCAUCCUGCCUCGGGAGCAGGGCCUAGCCCCCACCGUGUUCCUGAAGGCCCUGCCCAUCCCGCUGUACCACACAGUGCCUCCGGGAGGGCUCCAGCCACGUGCUCCCCUCAUGACCGGCAGCCUGGACGCCGGCAGCCUGCCCUUCGUUCUCAGCCCCCUGCUGCAGCCUGAAGGGCUUGGUCCCACCCGAGCCGGCAAGCCGGUGGCCCCGGGGCUCACGGUGAACAUAGUGAGCGCUCUGCCCAUCCUGUCACCGGGCCUGGGGCCCACUCUGAGCAGCCCAGGCAAGGUGCGCAACGCUGGUAGGUACCUGUGCCCACACUGCGGCCGGGACUGCCUGAAGCCCAGCGUACUGGAGAAGCACAUUCGCUCCCACACCGGGGAGCGGCCAUUCCCCUGCGCCACCUGCGGCAUCGCCUUUAAGACCCAGAGCAACUUAUACAAGCACAGACGGACCCAGACACACCUCAACAACUCCAGACUCUCCUCGGAGUCCGACGGUGGCGGGAGCAGCCUCCUGGAGGAAGGCGACAAGGCCGCUGAGCCCACUGGGGCCGACCGGGCGCUAUCACAGAGACCCCUUUCUCCCGGCACCCACGCCGCUGGGCACUGCCCGGUGCCCACCGCGCAUGUGUCCCUGGUUGCCAAGAACCUGGACCGGAAGUUGGACGCUGUUCCCUGCCGGGGGUCCACGUUUGAUGUCAAGGAGGCCCCUGUAGACUCUGCUCCCGGGCUCCCGCUGGCCAGCCCGCAGUCGAGGUGGAAGCUGCCAGAGCCUUGGUCCCCGACGGCCAGUAGGCCGAACGCAGCGCUGCAGCAGCAGCAGGUGGAGAAGCCUGGGGACACCAAACCCUCGGAGGGCCGGCUGCGGAAGUGUGAGAGCACCGACUCGGGCUACCUGUCCCGUUCGGACAGCGCUGAACAGCCGCCAGCCGCCGGCAGCCCCCUGCACAGCCUGUCGGAGCACAGUGCCGAGUCCGAGGGUGAGGGCGGCCCCGGGCCCGGGCGCGCGGAGCGGGCGGCCGGCCUGGAGCUGGAGAAGAGGCGGCUGGAGGAACGCAUCUCCAGGCUCAUCUCGCACAACCAGGCCGUGGUGGACGACCCCCAGUUGGCCCACGUGCGGCCCCGCAAAACGGUCCUGUCCAAGCAGGGCAGCAUUGACCUGCCCAUGCCUUAUACCUACAAGGACUCCUUCCACUUCGACCUGCGGCCGCCGGGACCCGGGAGGCUGCCGGCUGCCCUGCGUGCCGCGCGCUCCACCUGCGCGCCCCCAGACAGGGCGCGCCCCCUCUUCUUCCACUCGGUCCCCACGCAGCUCUCCACCGGCACCGAUUGCGUGCCAGUCACCAGGAGCAACUCGCUGCCCUUCGUCGAGGGCACCGGGACGUGGCCGGAGCAGCCGGAACCCCGGGAUGCCUGGCCCCGGAGGCAGAAACCUCUGAGCCCCAGGCCCACCUCCGCGCGCCCGGCCGAUGCCCCUGGCGGGCACCCUCGGGCUCUGGUCAGACAGGCGGCAGUCGAGGACCUGCCGUGCCCCCUGACCGCAGAUGCCCCGGCCCCCACGGAGGACCCAGAGGGAAAGAGACCAGCUGCUGAGGAGGGGUCUGCCAGCAAGGGCCAGGCAGCUGCUAAGAAACGCGGCCAGAGGAAGAAGAUGUUCUCACAGGAGAAGUGGCAAGUAUACGGGAAGGACACGUUCAAGAGCAUCUACCAGAGAGGGAAAGCCAGCCACCAUGGAGGCAGGAAGGCGACCGAGGGGACAGUGGGCGGUGGGGCGGUGCUGGAGUGUCCUCCCCAGCAAGAGGCCGCGGGUGGUGGGGACACUGUUGUGGGGGCCAAGCCGGGGCCGUGGGCAAGUCCACCAGUCCUGGCAGGCCUCUUGGUGACUGAGCCCCACAAGCAGAGGGAGACAGUGGCCGGAACAGGAGGCCCUGACCAGCUGGGCUCUAACAGGGCCGCCUCACCCCCCACCCUCAGCAGUGGAGAAGCCCUCUGCUUGGGCAGCAAAAGCCCUCCGCUUCCUCCACACGAGGGCCCAGAGCUGGGGUGUCAGCAGCUCCCAGCACCUGGUCCCCCCAAAGGGGGGUGACCUAGAGGCUCCCAGGCCAGACUCCAAGCUG